AUGGAGGCUGUAGUUGAAUCGGAGGGAGUCACUCAGUAUAUAUAUUUCUUUCAAAAAAUUAUAUAUUUCUUCGUUGUUAUCUUGGCUUUGGCAUCAUCCUUUGCUUUUGGUUAUGAUCCAAGUCCUCUUCAAGACUAUUGUGUUGCCAUCAAUGACACGGAACUUGGUGUCUUUGUGAAUGGAAAUUUUUGCAAAGAUCCGAAAGAGGUCACGUCCAAUGACUUUUUCUUUUCAAAUCUUUUCACUCUUUUAGACACCAAUAAUCAAUUUGGAUUCAAUAUCACAUUUGUUUUUAUUGAUAAAUUCCCAGGACUUAAUACUCUUGGGAUAUCGUUAGCGUAUGGUCAAUUUGCACCUCGUGGUGUAUCUCCUCUUCAUUUUCACCCUCGAGGCACUGAAAUGGUCAUACUUCUGGAGGGAACUCUGCUUGUUGGUUUUAUUGCAUCGGAUCAAAACAAUAAUACCUUCUUCUAUAAAAUCCUUUACCCUGGAGAUGUUUUCAUCUUCCCAAUUGGACAAAUUCACUUUGGUUAUAAUAUUGGAAAUACUACCGCUGUUGUCUUAGUUGCUUAUGGUAGUCAAAAUCCAGGAGUUACAGCAAUAUCAAAUACUAUAUUUGGAUCAAAUCCACCUAUAAACCCUUAUAUUCUUGCUAAGGCAUUUCAAUUGGAUAUUGAUGUGAUAGAAUAUUUACUAAGUGUAUUUUAA